AAUUCUCAUACACAAACUGUAAUGUGAAGGAAAAUUUCACUGCUUUUUUAUGUGACUUUCAUUGUUGAUUUUUUAUUUACUUUUGUUUAUGAAAUGAUCACAAAAUGAUCAGUUUCAAUUUUAAUUGUUUUUUUGUACAUUCAUCAGGACGGAAAUUAGAUACAAUUGUUUAGGACAAGGACAUUUGCUUUCUCUGUUUCCCUGUGUAUCUACUCUGCGCACCUAACAUUGGAAACAGAAUCAUAUUGGCAUUUUAUUUCCUUUGGUGUCAAUUCUAUGAUCACCCUGUAACUAGAUUGUUUGAUUUUACUGGUUUCCAACUCUAAUCUAAAGCUGUAACUGUUUUAUCGUCAUUAUCAGUGAUAUAUUGUAUGUAUUUUACUAGUGUAUUAAUAAUUAUUUGCCCAAAUGUAACCCAUUGUUACACCUAGUUUCUUAUUAUGGAUCAACAUCAAAUUUUAACCGGAGCUGUCAAUGCUGGUGACAACUGUUAUUCUGUAGGAAGUGUUGAAGGUGUACCGUUUACUGCUUAUUCAGCUGGAUGUAAUAUUGUUAUUCUUGCCAGUGAUUUCCAGCGAGUUCAAAUUAUACCAGGAAUAUUGCAUGGUAAUGUUCAAGUUGGUUGUAUCGAUUGCUCUACAGAUGUAGGUAAAAUUGCUGCUGCCUAUGGUAAAAAGGUUUACAUCUUUGAACCUACUCCAUUAUUGGAUCAAAACUCAAGCCAUAAAUUAGAUUAUCGAUGGAUACAAACAGCAUCAUUAGAAACUGAUUGUUAUGUGUCUGUCAUUUCAUGGAACCUAGAAGGUAAUAAACUUCUCACUGGUGGUACCUGUAUUCAAGUUUGGCAUCUUAUCAACUUUUCUGAGGAUGAUAUUAUCAAUCAUGAUGUAAAGCAAAACAAAGGUGACGGUCUUCAUAUUAAUCCAGAAAAUAUUCAAUCCAGUAAUAACGAAAAUAAUAAUGGAGAUGAACCAGAACAAGUUCGUUGGGAUUGUGUUUGGCAGUGUCGAACCUCAUCGCCCGUUUGUUUUCUUCGUUUCUCUCCUGACGGAUCAUUGUUUGUGUCUGCCGGUAAAACAGAUAGAUUGGUCAAGGUUUGGUAUGAAAGUGCAGCCAAGGUUGAUUCACUUCAUUCCGCAUCGGCACCCAAUCUAGAAUCAUUUCAGCGUCGAUCAUCCCAUUUACUUGGGGAUAUCAACUUUUCCUUCAUUUACAUUGCCCAUCCAAGAGCAAUUACUGGAAUAUCAUGGCGUAAAACAAGUAAAUACUUAUCAAGAGGAUCCGUUGCAAAUAUGCUAGUCACUUCUUGUCGCGAUAAUAUUUGCCGUCUAUGGGUACAAACCCUUCUUCCAGAUGACGGACUAGUCAAUUUUAGCCAAAUUGAAACACUUUCUAAUCAUGCUGUUCCUCGCAAUCAGACCCAACGUCACCGUCAAAAACUUCUCCUUCGUUUGAAACACAUGAAAGCCUUCAGUCAAUUCAAAAAACGUCAAGCAGCCAAACAUGAUGAUGAUAAUCAUCUAAAUGAACCUAUUCCAACUCUUCCAAGUACCUUCAGUGUUCAUGAUUUUCAUAGUUUCUCUGUUUGUGGGACAGCAAUAACCCCUGGUUUUCACUUUCACCUUGCCGCUAGCAUAAAUGCUGAAACUGAUAUCCCUUUGGUACCUAGUCUAUCACCAAGUGACGCUAAUGGAUCCUCAGAUUCUAAAAAUUAUCCCAAUUUUGUCAUUCAUUGGUUAAAUAAUAAAGAGAUGGUUUUUACCCGAGCUGCUGAAAAGUUGUUACAAGAAAUUAGCACCAAAAUCAUGCAAACCGAGUCAGUUGCUUCUGGGCAAAGUGAAGGGGAGAGUGAUACGGCUGAUGUUGAAGCAGAUUUUGAUCUUGAUAAUUUAGAUAAUGAUGUUACUAUUACAGCAGAACAGAGUAAAAAGUUACGCCAUAAAUUAUGUCGUCAAGUGCAACAUAAUAAAAACAAACAGAAAAAGUAUCAUAAAGAAGGCAAAGUUCACGGAACUGGUGAAGAAUCUUCAUCAGAACAUAUUGAUUCUCAGGCCAGUCGUCAAAGUUGUCAUACACUUUCAUCAUCAACAUCUACAGCCAUUGAUCUAAACAAUUUAGCCAAUACAACUCCAACAUCUUCAAUAAGUGACUUAUUGGAUAGAAGAUUUGAAGCCCUUCUUCGAGAAUGGCAUUCGUUAGCUGAUCUCUUAUUUAGUAUUCAUCCAGUCGAUGGUAGUUUGUUAGUCUGGCUGGUUCAGUGGUUGGAUGAAGCUUGUCCUGGAUCAUUUCGUCAAGCUCAAGUCAAUUUUUCAUCUAGAAUACCCAAUGCUAUUCCAUUAGGUGAUGCAGCUACUAUGUCACACAAUUUAGCACUCUACUCUCCGUUAACCUAUCUCAACCUUAAAGCAACCAUGGCCCAAUCAGCUUCCGUUAUAUCUAACCUUGACACCAAAACUUGUUCAGAAGAUUUAAAUAAUCGUAGUGCUCGCUGGAAUAAGGUGGAAGUUGAGGAUUCUCUUACCCCGACUGCUAGUAUGGUCACUAAACAUAGCAAUGGAUCUCUUAAUUUAUGGUCAAUUAGCUUCGCUGAAGUUACUAAAUUUACCCAAUUAAUGAGUAUAUCACAUAUUUCACGAGUUUGUGGUCAUCGUUUCCGAGUCAAUGAUAUUUCUUGUCACCCUGUUCUACCUCUUCUUCUCACAACAUCACAUCAUAAUCUCCCUGGAAGUAACAUAUCUUUUCCAAAAUCUAUGAAUUCAUCUGUUUCGUCGAGCCCAUUAGGGACACCAUCUUCCAGUAGUUGCUGUCCUCCCUUACAGGGUUUACCUAAUUCUGGUUUUUGUUCAGAAUUAAUUCUUUGGAAAGUAGAUCCAGUCGGUCCUUUGUCAAUGUCAGGAGGUGUUACAGAGUUAGCACGAAUAAAUUCGUUAGAAACAGCAGCUUUUGCCAAUGUUGCAUGGCUUCCUACUCUUUUACCCAGUACAACUCUUGGUUCAAUUUCUAAUUCUCCGAGUGCCUGUUUCAUUGCCUCCGAUGGUCAUCAGUUACGAGUUUAUCAAGCAGUCAUCGAUGCUCGUACUUUACUAUCUGAAAUAUCCCUUUCUCAACGCUGUUCCCAACAAUCAGAGACCCUUAGUCCAAACAGUGAGAAUACUGGGUCAUCAGACUAUUGUGGAUACCGUUCAGAUCUCCACCAUGCUUUCAAAAUUGUUAGCCUUCAAUCGACCUCUCGUCCUGGCUGUAUUUUAGAGCUUGAUGCCAUCUCUGAUGCCACUCACGAUUGGCAGUAUACUCAAUUACUCCAUGUUUUUCAAGAUCAAAUGUUGCGUGGAGAGGAAAUGGCUUUCAAAUGCUGGAAUGAAAAACAAGGACAGGAAAAUCUUGGACUUGUCGAACCUAGUCUUGGCGCUGUUGUUGAUCUUCGCCAUUAUUCAGCCUUUAGGGAACCUUUUUUCCUAACUGUUCUUGAAAAGGAUCCCGAUACUGGAAGAUCUGUUCUUCAUAUGUGGAGAUUAGUUAUCUCAUCUCACUCAACGGCAGACGCUACAUCAGAUCGUUAUUCUUAUGUUCCAGAUAGUAAUUUGGUUCAAGAUGAUAGUGAUAUUGACCAAUCAUCCCGUAGUGGCUCACCAAUUACCGAUACUGGAGCUGGCGGGCGUCGACAUUCCAAAAAUCAAUCAUUCCGUCAAGGUCAAUCUUAUUCUCCUCUCCAGAUACUCACUAGUAAAGUUUGUUCUCAAGUAUUACCUAUUCCAGAAGGAGUCGAGAUUCUUCAUGCUACUCCAGCUGCAGGUCAUUUAAGUUCAUCCAAUAUUUAUCCAGCUUGUUUCGCUCCUUAUCUUAUUUGUACUGCUUGCUCGGAUGGAACUCUUCGUUUUUGGCGAUGUCAUGUGGACGAUAAAAACGAGCAUGAUGUUAAGUAUGAGUGGAAAGAGUGGGAAAUGUUGAUAAAUUCAGAAAGAUCAAGUGCCAUUGAAGUUCCCGGUUUACCCUUAUAUGUAAGCUGUGCCUAUAGUGGACGAAUCGCUUGUGCAUUCAAACAUGGACAAUCGUUUUCUCGGCCAACCAGUCAAGACCCUAAUGCACGAUUUAUUAAUAUUAACCUUGCCAUUUAUGAGUGUGAAUCAACUGGAGGCUCUGAAUGGGUUUUAGAAGAUACUAUUCAUUUGAAAAACAUAGCCAUUCCUCGAACAGAGUUAAGCCAAGAAAUUGAUUUGGGACCUUUGAUAAACACUGCUAUUCGAAAUCGAAAAACUCUAGAUACUUUAGUCAAUCGUUUAGGAGUUUCUGAUGAGCACCACGAAACAAAUAGAAGUACCAAUAAUAUACAACGAUUACUUUCAGUCCCAAGUUACACCACGAUGCAAUCUUUGAAAAAAAUAAUUUCCGAACAAGGAAAUCAAUUUACUUUGACUCAAAAAUCAAUUGUUCAACUUGAUUGGGUUUCAACAGAGGAUGGGUCACAUAUCCUUACGGUUUCAGUUGAAGAUAAGAUCUCAGUUUUCACUCCUGUAUCAACUGACAUUGCUCAAGCUAAUUUACAAGCCAUGAAAACGUCAUCUAAAACCGGAGCUGCACCAGCAUCUCGAAUGUUACUCAAGCAAAUGUCUUCUAUGGCAAUCCCGAUGACCCAGGUUGAUGAUAUUAGGUGGAUGAAGCUUCGUACAACUCAUCUUAAAACAGCAGAUGGUCUUCCUCCAUUACCAAUGCAGAUGAGUUGGGUUCGUGAUGGUAUUCUCGUCGUAGGAAUGGACAAUGAGAUGCAUAUUUAUACCCAAUGGAAAAGCCGAGAUGACACUUUAUCUAAACGACCCGAGAUGCUUUCAGAGGUUACCGAUUCUCGAGUUCUUACUGAGGAGGGUCUUUUGAUCCAUGCUCAAGAAUCAUCUCACCUUCGCCUUCCUUCGCACACAUCAUUGGCUCGAUCUCCCUCUUCAUCGGUUAUCAGUGGAGUUUCAGCUGCUUAUGAAAGCAGGAAACAUCCACAAGUUCCUUCAAAAGCAACCCCAACCACAACAACAGCAGCAACAAAUUCUAACAAUUCAGAUAAUAAUUCCAUGAAUAAAGACUCAGUCAAACAAACUGAUGAAUCAAAAGCUUCAUAUCUUUCACAAUUGCCCGAUUUCGGUAUUUUUGAAGCUUCUAGACUUGCUUGUCCAGUUUUACCGCAAUAUCAUCCCAAACAGCUAAUGGAACUUCUUGCUUUUGGUAAAAUAUCUCGUGUUCGCGCUAUCUUGAGUCACUUGGUCAAAUCUCUUUGCUCUAUGGAUUCACUCAAAAAUUAUCUCUCUUCAAAUCAAGGGUUCAAUUAUGAGUCAACAGAAUCACGUCCAAGAUCAUGGACUAGAUCAAGAACACUUUCCAUUGCAGCUCCACCACCAACUUCACCAGGCGCUCCAUCACCAAUGGACGGUCAAGAUAGUUAUUUCCUUUCAAUACCAGAGGAAGUUCAACUUGAUUACACUGAGAUUACCUCUAUUCGACCUUUACCCUUGUUUGCUUUGAUCGAAGCGGAAUCUGAAGAACCCAAAAGACCAAAAGAAAAGCCAAACUCACCUAAAGAUCCGUUGUUUGACUAUGAAUAUGACACUCUAUUUAACGCAAAUAGUAAAUCCCAAAUCGAUGAAACUCUUGAUGAAAUGCUCAGUAAAUCAGCAUUCAACUUUUCUUCAAUCAAAGCAAACAAACGCCCUGAAACAACUGAUCUGAAAGAUUUUAAUGCUCAUCAAGCACGACUAUUAACCAAACUUCUAACCCAUUCUCAUCUCCCUGGUCUCUCUAGUCUUGAUCAAAUGCAUUUACUUGCCUUAGCUGAUGCAGUAGCUUCUUUCAAUCCAUCUGCAGAUUCAUCUUCCUCAGAUUACUAUAGUAGCCAUGGUGCUGAUGUUCGCGACGGUGCUCCAAUAUCUGCCGAUUCACUUGAUGAUUGUGGUCUUCGUUUCCUUUUGGCCAUGCGUCAGCACACUUAUCUUCUCAGGUGUCUUCCUUAUGCUCAUCGGAAAAUGCUUCAAAAACAAGGUUUAUCUUCAUCUGAUAUUGUUUGGGCUUUCCAUUCAGAAACUCAAGAAGAGCUUGUUCAACUGGUACCUUCAGUUGCCAAGGGAAGCCCAAAAUGGAAUGAACUUCGUGAGCUUGGUUGUGGCUGGUGGAUUCGAAAUAAUGCAGUCCUUCGUCGACUUAUAGAACAAGUUGCUAAAGCAUCUUUCCAAGCUACUCAAGAUCCUUUAGAUUCUGCCCUAUUCUAUCUGGCAAUGAAAAAGAAAUCUCUUGUCUGGGGUCUUUAUCGAUCAAUUGGUGAUCGUAAGAUGACUGAAUUUUUCCAAAAUAAUUUCAAUGAAGAUAAGUGGAGACGAGCUGCUUUGAAAAACGCUUAUGCUCUUUUAGGUAAACAAAGGUUUAACCAUGCUGCUGCAUUUUUCCUUCUGGGAGGAGCAAUUUGGGAUGCAAUUGAAGUUUGCCUAAAUAAACUGGAAGAUAUGCAACUUGCCAUGACAAUUGUUCGUCUCUAUGAAGGUGAUAUAGAAACAGUUCCAUCUAAUUUAAAACGCAUCUUAUACCAAGAAGUUCUCGGCUGCGAGUCGGACGGACAAAACUUUGACAUCUCAAAAGCUCAUCCCGAUCCAUUCUUAAGAAGCAUGAGCUAUUGGAUGUUACAAGAUUAUUCUACUUCAUUGGUAACUUUAUUGGUCCCUGAAGCUGGUGAAAAACACGCAAAAUACUCGCCAAAUGAGGAAGACAAGACAGAAAUAGCAAUUGUCCCUUCUGUUUUCAACUUUUAUCUUUACCUGAGAAAUCAACCUCUCAUUAUCAGGCGUCAUCUUGCUCAAACAAUAAAGGACAAAAAAUCUGUGCUAACUGAUUCAAAAGAAGCACUUCGUGAAACGAGCGAAGCUAUUACACCUUUUGAACGACGACUUUAUUUCAUUACAGCUCAUCAACAUUUUCUUGCUGGUUGUCCUUCACUGGCAUUGGAAGUUCUUUCCAGGUUACCUUUGAAAAUUGCCAAUGAAGAUCAUGCCAAUUUCCUGACUAAAGAAAGAUCAAUUGACACUACUAGUGAUACUCCCGAAGUUAUUGCCUCUGGAACUAUUACCGAUGAAAUUUUAGACACUGGCACAUCAUUUAAACCAUCAACUCAACUUGCUGAUACAAGUGAUGCCUUUGAUUGGGGGGCCCCAGUUUCCGAUUUGGGCAAAAUAUCUACUAAUGAUUUUCAAAUUGACAUUACUAUUGAUUCAGGCACUGAUGAUGAAGGAGAAGGAGAAGAUAAUGGACUUGAAAUGAAGUUACAAGGUAGUCCAGCUCUUGAAACAAAUGAUUCAACUAAAAAACCUUUGGAAAAUGUUAAACUAGACAUAAUGGCACAACAAUUGAAAUUUAUUGCCUGUCUAAAAAUUUUGAUGGAAGAGUUGAGUACUUUAGCCACUGGAUUUGAAGUAGACGGAGGUCGCCUUCGUUAUCAUUUGUACAUUUGGCUUGAGAAAAGUGUUAUGGCUCUUAAAGUUAUCUGUAACUACCGUACCUUUUCCAUGAGAGGAUAUGAUGGGAAAUCUUUUCCAGACAAUGAUACAAGUCCAGCUCGAGCUAGUUCAAUGAUUUUAGAAGACAUGGAUCUUGCGCAAUCUGAAUUAGCCACUUCUCGUGAUGCAGAGUCUACUGGAUUCACCGAUCUAAAACCAACUCUUCACGAAGUCUUGCUUGCCGAGAAUCUUGACUUUGAGGCCAAACUACAAAGAGCUUCUCGUCGUAAGGAAUGGUUACAGGGAAAUGAAGCUCUUCUUCGUACAUUACUAAGUUAUUGUAGUCUUCAUGGUGCUCAUGGUGGUGGACUUGCCUCCGUUCGCAUGGAAUUGAUAUUAUUGCUUCAAGAACUGCAACAAGAACGUAGUCAACAUCAGUUACUCUCCCCGCUACCAUUCCCAACAACAUUACCACUUUUAGCUGCUUCUGUUGCAUGUCAGAAAACAGUAAUUGCUGAUCCAAUUCGUCAUCUUCAUUCUGUAACAAAUGAUAUACUUAUGGAAUUAACAGGCAUGAAAGCUCCACCAUUAGUUUUACCAAUAAGCUAUUGUGAGGUUUUUGUUCUCCGUGAUCUUGGCCUUUCCCUUUCUGCCUGCGUCUACCAAUCCCUUUCGAACAGUGAUAACUUAGAUCUCAAAAAUAUGAAUAUAAAGGAAGAUUUAUUAGGUGCUUCCGUUGUUUGUGCCAAUAGCCAUCUUAUGGCCGGUAACGUUGCAAAGAAACCAUCCAGCAAUAUUGGUGAAACCAAUGAACCUUUGAACAUUACAACUCCUCCCAAUAAAUGGCCAGGAGUACAGAGUCUAAGAGCUUUGUUAGCUCGUGAUAAAGAUGAAGAUUCACCAAAGUUACACACCCUUUUAUGCGAGGCAUACGUUGCCAUUUAUUUGAGUCAAUUGGUAUUUGCAUUGGCUGCCUGCGAUUCUCAUGUUCUUUAUCGUUUAGUUGGCUUGGAGUUUAAUGAACAAAUUUGGGGUAACUUAUUCGGUGGUGGUGCUAAAAAGCUUAUUCACGUUGUUACUCAUUCCAAAGCUGCUACCACACCAACGCCUCAGAAUUCAAAAGAUGAAUCACAAAGCUCGUCAAUUGAUUUAUUUAAUACUUUAUCACAGCAAAGAAUGAAGCUUCACAUGAAAAUCUUGCAGCAACUUAACCAAGAUAAAUCAACACCGACACCUCCACAAACACCUAACAUAAUUAAAGAAGAUCGUACAACCUAUAAAGAACAAUUUGUUCCUCCUCAGAUGUCGGUCAUUUCCUAUCUAAUGUCUAAACCUAAACUUUCAGAUGAUUACAUUUUAAUUGACUAUGACUCGAGUGAAUCAGUUCAAAGUGAAGAUGAAGAUAUGGAAAGCUUUGAUGAUUUAGAUGACAACAUUUUUGGUACUUCAGCUUCGGGUCAAAUAUCAUCAACUCUGGGUCUUCAAGAGACGGUUCACAACUCAAAGAAACAAGAUUUAGAGCAGUAUGCCUGGUCAAUCAUGAGGUUUGCAGUAAUUAAAUUAGCUCGCUAUCAUUUGGCUCAAUUUUUACAAGUUGCCGGUGUUGAGUUGCGAGAAUUACCAACAACAUCACCUUCAAUUCACACUGUUUUCAAAAUACUUGAGACUUGGUCAAUUUACAUGAAAAAUUACAUGGAAACACUGGAAGGUGCUCCGUCCAAUUUUUUACCCAACAACUAUGUUGAAACUAAUCGUCAACCAGGAGGACCUCCGAUUUGGAAAUACAAGGUUCUCCUUGAAACCAAUAAUACACCCUUUAGAUCACACAAUUCAAUUACAAAACCAAUGAAACGUUUAUGGAAUUAUUUGGUUCGCCAAGAGCGAGUUCAAGAUCUUUUUAUUCGUUACAUUUUUGGCAGUCAUAGACCAGGCAGUGAAUAUACUGAUCACACGGAUCAUGAAGAUGGAAGUCAUGAUCAUCCAUCACACAGUGACCCAGUUCGUAUUGUUCACAAAGAGCAAGAUAACAUCAGUGCUUUUUGUUUAAAUAAUACUCAAUCUGGUUACAUUGCAAUUGCUACUCCCAAAGAAGUCCAAGAGCUUGAUAUUUCAGUUCUCCUUGAACCUGUUCCAUGGCUCGAAGAAGAAGCUGAAUUUGACAUUUUAAACAUGUUAAAGGUUCCAGAAUCUCUAUCAGCCUCUAAUUAUCUCGUGGUCCAACAUCCAGCUGACCGUCUUUCUUCAUCUCCUGGAGGCAAAGCUUUACAAUCCCAGCCAAUCUCCGUCUCAAGUCAACCUCAUCCACCAAAAGGAACAAUAUUGGCUAAACAUAACUUUCCUGGUAGUAAUAACCCACAAUUUUGUCAAUAUGUUAUUGAACGAAGUCGACAUAUUCUGAAACCGCUUAAACGUCACAAAACCGAAGGAACAAGACGACUUUGCUCUCACCCAACAUUACCAUAUUAUUUAUCUGGAUCUCAAGAUGGAGCUGUUAAUUUAUGGGAAUGGAAACACCAAAAUCCUUUAGCAUCUCCUCGUGCACCAGGUACUUUCGCCAAAGUUACCAAGGUUGCUUUCAAUCAAAUCGGCAAUAAAUUUGGUGUGACUGAUGGCGAUGGCUAUUUAAGCUUGUGGCAAGUCGCUUUAUGCACUUCUACAUCUAAACCUUUCUUUAGUAUGCAAGUUCAUUCCAAACAUGCUAGUGAUUUCACUUUCCUUGGAUCAUCAAGUUUAAUCAUAACUGCUGGACAGUCAACCGAUCAUAAAAAUAUUUGCAUGUGGGACACUCUUUUACCCGCAAAGAAAUCACUGGUUAGUUCAUUUUCAUGUCAUGAGCAUCAUGGUGCCUCAGUGGUCCUUUAUGCACCACUCAAUCAACUGCUCAUCACUGGUGGUAAAAAAGGAGAGGUUUUCAUUUUUGACAUGAGACAACGAACCCAACGAAACAAAUUCCAAGCUCAUGAUUCAGCCAUUAAAUGCAUGACUCUUGAUCCAGGCGAAGAGUUUUUUGUUACUGGCUCUGCUGAUGGUGAUAUUAAGGUUUGGAGUUUGAUUCCUCCCCAAUCUGUUGUUUGCUCUUUCCCUGGUGAACAUUCACGAAGUACUCUUUUCCGUAACAUAGGAAUGGGAGUUUCUCAUCUUUAUGUCAACAAUGCAAAUCAAUUAUUUUCAUGUGGAGCUGACGGAUCACUCAAGAUGCGUCAACUUCCAGGCCAUAGAUGAAGUAAAUAGAUCAGCUUACUUUAGUUGGCCAUUCAUCUUAAUCAAUGAAAAACCUGGGCAAUUGUAUUAUAGUGUUUUGAUCCAAUUUUUGUUUGUUAAACCUGAUUGAUUCAUAAAUUAACUGAUUUUUCUUUUCAUUGACAACCAAAUCUUGUCUAGAACCAUAAAACUCUCCUCAUACACCACUAAUGUAUAAGAAUUGCACAAAAUCUUAAAACGAAACUCUUUUUUCUCUUGUUUUUUCUCAAUGAUUUAACAAAUGGUUUAUACAAUUUACAGCUCUCCAUUUUUUUAAUUUCAGUUUCAAAGAGUGCAAUAAUAGGAAUUAUUGUGAUAUGUUCCUUACCCUCUUUUUUUCUGGGUGAAAUAUCCUCCUCCUUUUAAUUCAUAUUCAUAUAAUCCUAUUUGUCCUUAAUCACCUUUUGAUUUCUUGCCGUGAUGAUAACAUUGAAAAAUUGUCAGUUUAAACAAGUAAACUACAAAACUAAACCCUUUCCAAAUCAAGAUUAAUCUAUUAUUAAAUCAAGUUUUUUUUCUCCCUGAAAAA